UGAUGGGAGCAUGGUGAGAAGCUUAGCAGCCCCACUCAGAUGCGAAUUGUCUCUCCCACACUUCCCGGGCUGCAGGGGCCUCCAUUAGAGCCCUCGAGGAGUCAGAAUCCACACCUCCGCAAAUGGGCCCGCUUUCCCAGGGCCCCCCUGCCCAGACCUUCCCUGGGCUCUGUGGGUUUUGACACCUCUCUGCAACCUAGCAGGGGGUCACCUCGCACCUUUGGUCCAGAUAAAAAGCUAAGGUCUGGAGGUGGCCGGUCCAGCUUCCCGGAGUGUGCAGCCAGGCCAUGGCCCAGUCGCCACCACCUCCUCCUCCUCCUCCUCCUCUUCCUCCGCAGAGCCUCCUGGGCAUGGACCACUGGGUCUUCUCCCAGAGCUGGGGCUGGGCCAACCACUCGGAUUCCACGUCGCCAGCCUCCUCUUCGGAUUCUUCGGGUUCGUGCCCGUGCGACGGCACCUCGCAGCCCCAGCCGCCGCCCCCGGCGCCGGCCCGCCGCGCACGGGCCGCCGAGGCCGCGCCCCCGGCUCCCCGACGCGCGCGCCCGGCUCCCGGCGGCGGGCAGCGGCAGAGCGCCAGCGAGCGCGAGAAGCUGCGCAUGCGCACGCUCGCCCGCGCGCUGCACGAGCUGCGCCGCUUUCUGCCGCCGUCCGUGGCGCCGGCCGGCCAGAGCCUGACCAAGAUCGAGACCCUGCGCCUGGCCAUCCGCUACAUCGGCCACCUGUCGGCCGUGCUGGGCCUCAGCGAGGACAGCCUGCAGCGCCGGCGCCGGCGGCGCGUGGACACGGGCUCUCCCCGAGGUUGUCCGCUCUGCCCCGACGGCAACAGCGGCGGCGGCGGCGGCGGUCCCGCGCAGGCGCAGACGUUCAAUCCCGGCCUGGCCUCCGCCGCCGCCUAUAGCGGGGCGUCGUCGUGGGAGGUCUCGCACACCUGUGCUCGACCCCAGGUCUCACCCGAGCAUCUAGAGAGCAGGGUCUCCGACGUGGAUCCCUGGGUGACCCCUCCUUAUUACCCCCAAAUGCAGUCACCCGUGCACCAAUCGCUAGGGAGAGCUCUCAACAUGUCUCUUUGGACACCAUCCCACGGCUGUCCUGGGACACAGACAGCCCCAGAGUCUGGGAACAAACCUGGACGCUGGACAUCACCCCCUGUGUCUUCAGAGUUGGCUGAGCUGUACCAGAGUAUCUCCAUGUCUGCUGAAUCCUGCCUGUCCACGGGAAACCCUGCCCUCCUGUCCCACUCUUCAUGCCAGAGACUUCAGCCCCAACCCCAGUGGGGGUGCUGGGGCCACAGUGCAGAGGUACUCCCCAGCUCUGAGGACCAGAAUCCCUGUGCCACCUUCCAGCUCCCUGCAGCCAGCACGACCCCGAGCUCAGGUCUGAGGCUCAGUGGCUGCCCUGAACUUUGGCAAGAGGACCUGGAAGGACCUCCGCUGAACAUCUUCUACUAAUGGCCUUACCUGCUUUCUCUCAGCCCAUAGUUGAGCCACGCCUGUCAUAGGAGUGCGCUCUUCAUCUGCCUCCUCAGUGGUGUUUUGAGCUUUCCUUAGCCGCCGACCCCUUUCUCCCAGGUGAUAAGUUUCAUGGAAAUAAUGUCUGGAGCAGAUAAGACAGUGGGCAAGCUCUCUGGAUGGAGGGCUGCUGUGGAGUGCCUCCACUGCUAGCCACUCCCCACAAACCUCAUGACCCAGAAUGAGAUGGGCUGGGCUGGGGACUGGGCAAGUCCAUGCUCUGCUUGCUGGUGACAGCUGGCCAGAAUCCUAUAUAACUUGUUUUAUAAUUCUAAAAAGAUGUUUUGGCCUGUUUUAUUUGCCUCUGGAAAAGGAAAAUGUUCCCAUUGGGUGGAAAAUAAGCCUACCGCUCCUUCCCCUUCUCACAGCCAGGCCUGUCCAGGUGGACGUGGGUCCUCACUUGCCGGUUGACAGUGUUUAUUGUGUCCAGAAGAAGGGUCUGUGAUAUAAGCUGGGUGGACUCACAGUGCGGGGAUGUUCAAUCAUGGUCAAGCAGGUCCCGAAACAGAGGCCCAGAGACCUGUGAAGUAGAGCUCUUUCACAAUUCUAAGAAAUGUUUUUAAACCCGGAGUGGUGACACAUGUCUUUAAUCCCAGGACUGGGGAGGCAGAGGUAGGAGGAUCACUGUGAGUUGGAAGCCACCCUGAGACAACGCAGUGAAUUCCAGGUCAGCCUGUGCUAUAGUGAGACCCUGCCUGGGGGAAACAAACAAACAAAUGUUUUUCAAAGGAUGCUGCCAGUGGGCUCUGGGCUAGGUUCACUUUUAGUUUCAAAGGAUGCUAUGAGUGGCCUCUCUGGGCUAAGUCUACUUUUAGUUUGAAAGGAUGCUGCAACUGGCCUCACGUGGGCAGCCAUAGCAAAACGAUGCCACCUGGGCAGCUUGAGGAACAAAAGUUUAUCUUCUUAAGCCUGGAGGCUGGAAGCCCAAAACUGAGGCCAGGCAGGUUUGGUUGCUUCUGAGGCCCCUCCGCUUUGCUGGCAGACAGCCUCCUUGCUGCUCUGUCUGGGUCGCAGCUGCUUCUUAGAGAUACCAGGGGUGUUUAUCUUUUAUUCCUUCUCUAAAGCACCUGGUCCACAGUCAGUCACAUUCUGAGGUACUAGAAGGUAGAACUUGUAUUAGUUUUCUGUCACUGUAACAGAAUACCUGAGGGCUGGGAGAUGGUUCAGUGGUUAGAGGUGCUUGCUUGCAAAACCUGCUGGCCCCAGGUUCAAUUCCCAGCCAUCCUUGUAAAGGCAGAUAUGCAUGUGUUUGUAGUAGCAAGAGACCCU